GUUUAGAGCAUCACAAAUAGGCUUCGUUUUUGGGAGAAAAAAAGGACAUCGCGACCGGAGCUUCAGGCGCCGCCGGAGAUAUUCUAUAACGACGACGAAGCUCGUAAAUACAGCUCCUCGUCUCGCAUCAUCGAUAUUCAGGCCAAACUUACUGAGAGAGCACUGGAGCUUCUUGCUCUGCCUCAGGAUGACGUUCCAAGACUGCUGCUUGAUAUCGGUUGUGGAUCUGGACUUAGUGGGGAGACAUUGACUGAGAACGGGCACCACUGGAUUGGUCUAGAUAUAUCUGGCUCAAUGCUAAAUGUUGCAUUGGAGCGUGAAGCUGAGGGUGACCUUAUACUUGGUGACAUGGGUCAGGGCUUAGGGGUUCGCCCAGGAGUUAUUGAUGGUGCAAUAAGUAUCUCAGCUGUGCAGUGGUUAUGCAAUGCUGAUAGAUCUUCCCAUGAGCCAUGCCUGAGACUGAAAGCCUUCUUUGGAUCACUAUACCGAUGCUUGGCACGGGGAGCUAGAGCAGUCUUACAAGUAUACCCUGAAAAUUUGGCACAACGUGAGCUGAUCCUGGGAUCUGCUAUGCGAGCUGGGUUCUCUGAGGGUGUAGUUGUUGAUUUCCCACAUAGCACCAAGAUGAGAAAAGAAUUCCUCGUUCUCACGUGUGGUCAAGCAUCGUUGAGCAGUGCCACUCCACAGGCAAGAGGUGAAGAUGGAGAGGGUUGUUCUGAGGAUGAAGAUUUCAGUGGAGAUGAAGAAAAUCAGUCAGUUUCUGUAUCAGACAGGCACAUGCCAAGGAAGAAGCAUAAAUUAAACAAGAAGGUGAAGGGAAGAGAGUGGGUUAUGGAAAAGAAGGAAAAAAUGCGAAGAAAGGGAAAUGUUGUUCCAGCUGAUUCAAAGUACACUGCCCGGAAAAGAAAAACCCGGUUUUGAUAAUCUUUAUUAUUGCUUUCUGAAAAAAAAGAAAGGGUGAUUGUUGUUGUCGGAGGCACAAAGAUUUUGGUUAGGGGAGGCAAAUUAGUUGCUGUUGGUAUAUGUGUUCCAGUUGAAGUUAUCAGGUGAUAUCGUAUUUGUAUGUUUGGGUGAAUGCAAGUAAGUUGGUGAUGCCAAGCCUGCAUUUUAUUGUAUUCUAUAGUAUUUAACAAAUAAAGAAAAUUAAAAGGUAA